CACACGAUGCCGAGACUCACCAGUGAAGAUGUUACAAUCAAGUCAGUGGGCUUUUUCGAUACAGAGAAGGCAGCAAUGACUGCGCUUGAUGCUGCUGCCAAGGCACGAGAUGUUACAAAUCCGUUCACAGGAUUGAGUGUGCGGAAAAGCGAACUACCGUUGCAGUUGAUCAAGUACUUCCAAGUAGUGGUUGUGUCGGAUAGAUUUCAAAGGAUGACGCAGAACGAGCGACUUGAAUUGAUCUACAGACUGCUACUGGAAACAGCACCGAACCCAGCUAAUGCACAAGACGACAUGGAUACGAAGCUAGCCUACCAGCAACCCGGUAUGUUAUGGCCAACAGUUAAGUCGCAACUGUGUGGGUUUUCAACUAUUGGAGACAAUGUUAUUGCUCUCUCAGUGUGGAGAUCGUUGGAAUGUCACUUGACAGUAUGUGCAAAAACGUCGACUCAGUGGAGAGCUGGACAAAGUAGGCAGGAGAUCGAGCGGUCUUUCACUGAGCGUUUCGGUCUGAGUCAUCUUGCCAAUGACCGAGCAUUUAAUGUGAAUCAGGGGGUGCUUCCAGUAUCUCGAGGUCUCUCUGAGCUGGUAUCACUGAACCAGAAGGAGCUUAAGUCCACGCAUAAGACGGAGUCGGUGCCACACUUUUACCAUGGAUUGCCCGUUGAGGUGAAACGCAUGAUCGCUGAGGAGCAAGCCAAGAUGGCUCAAGGGCGAGCAGACUCGAUCGCUUUCCAGAAGCUCACUAAGAACACAGAAGGCACCUUCGUGAAAAAAUAUCUUAAACGUCGACGCGAGUAUGUGCAGGUAGCCAUCAAAUUACAGCAGCUAUAUCGAAGCAACAUGCACAGUAAAACUUUACGACGAUGCUUUCAUCGCCAUAUCGGUGCUAUGACACUUCAGCGAUUAUUUCGCGGUCAUCAACGACGGAAGUACGCAAAGGCUUUUUUUCGCGUUGUCACGUGCGCUGUGCUUAUCAUCCAGUCAGUCUAUCGAUCGUACAAGUCCAGAUAUGAGACCAAGGCGAUGCGAAUACGAUACCAACGCGCCACACUCGAUCUCCAACGAGUAUAUCGUGGUUUUGUUGGAAGAAAACACGCCCAGCGAAUACGUCAACUGGAAGCUAAUGCGAUUAUAAUGGAGAAACUCGUUAGAGGGUUUAUGGGUCGACGUCGAGCUCAACGUAUCUUCUUAGCCAAGCAUAAACAACAAGUCAUCAUUCCGGCAUGCUUAUAUAUCCAGCGAGUAUGGCGUGGACAGCGAGAUCGUGUGCUGGUUAACGUGAAACGGCAAGAAAGAGAGAGGGCUCGUGUAUACGUUCCCGCCGCACUGCGAAUCCAGAAGUUGAUCCGAGGUUUCUUAGCUCGACGUCUAGUGAUGCAGAUUCGCGCUAUGGAUAAAGCAGCGAAAAAUAUUCAGAAAUUAUGGCGCUCUCGUCGGUUCUUCCGAAAGUGGGUGGAUCUUAUGGAGUUGCGGCGAAUGGAUCGAAUGGCGUCACAAAUUGGUUCAAUCGCUCGAGGUAUUCUCACAAGGAAAUUCAUUGAGCGCGAGAAGAGAAAGCGGUAUUUUCGACGUGUAUUGGAACCAUCCGCCGCAAGAAUCCAACGCGUAUUUCGUGGCUACAUUGUGCGAAAGAGACUAGAAGGCACACGCGACCAGAUUGAAGCUGCAAUAACGCUGCAGCAAAUGUGGCGCUCGAGAUCCACCAUCAAGACGAUUCGAGCGAAGUUACGUGGCUUUCGACUCGCGCUUCGGGAAUCCGCAGCUGGGAGAAUUCAACGCUGCUAUCUCUGCUACCGAGCAAGGCAAGAGCUAAACUAUCGUCGUCUGACACACCAGGCACGCUACGGGAAGGCUGCACUUGCCGUCCAAGCCGCUUGGAGAAGUUAUUGCAGUCGCAAACAGCUCAAAGAGUUUCGAUUCUGCUCCUUGAUUGAACGCAAGGCAACUUCACUCACCCAGUUGAAAGAGGACCGUGAAAUGAUCGAGCUCGACAUUUUCGACGCGCGUGCCGAUUUGAAACGUGUGAUGAAGUACAAGGCCAAGAUGCUGCGGCGGAUCAAGGAGAUGAAGGAGAUGCGAAUUGAAUGGGAGCGACGACAACCGGUAGUUGAAAAAGAAUUGAGCCAACUUACUGAAGAAGACAUGGAUCGAGGGUGGGGUGAAGCUUUCGAGACUGAGAAACAUGUACUGCACUUCAGUCUUGAGCUCAGUCUGGAAGAUAUUCUUUCCAAGAAGCAACAGGUACGGGAGUAUGAGGAGGAGAUCGAUGACUUGCGUGUUGAGCUGGAAGAUCUGGAGCGCGACAUGGAAGAGUGCAUCUUAAACGAAACCAUGGAACUCGAGGCUUAUCGCGACAUGGAGCUACAACGAGCGGGUGCGAUGUUUGCUGAAGAAAAAUCUCGGAGGAUUCGACGGCAGCGUAUUCGUUGGGGCACGCGGAAUGUGCGCAAACAUGUUAUUAUGCGUGAGCGCAAAGACCUUCAAGUGUUACAGAAGGAGACGCUCGCUAAACGCCAAGUGGAAGAACUGGGCGUGCUGGCGUUUGAGAAGAAGCAGUUCAUCAAGCGCAAACUGGAGCAAGCGAUUGAAGAUGCAGCUAAGUCACGAGCUAAGCAGAGCGAGGUGAUGAUGGAGAUGAAGCGCGAUUCCAGCAUCCUCCAGGGGUUUAACGAGGCAGUCCAGAAGAUGCACGGGAUCACUCAGGAGUACUCGUUUCACUAUCGCCUGCCGAAGACCGAUCUCCGAGAAGAUCCAGACUCUGCUAUGUGCUCUAGAUGUGGUCGUAUCACCUGUGACUGUCACUUGAAGAACAACGAGUCAGCAGACAAUGAAGGAGCCACGACGAAUCUAGAUACAAACACCGCGAUCAUCAACACACGAAACAGACUGGCAAAACGUUGGCGAUACCAAGAUUGAUUCGUGACAGCUGCAACAUUCGACCUGAAGAAGCCAUCAGUGUAACUUCGCGUGUAUCCUAUGCACUUAGUCGUCCGACCAGUCUGAGGCUUCCGACAUGCUUAGAGAAUCUUCACGGUUCCGUAGUCCAAUCAUUUGCUACACACAAACAAAGCACAACAGUGUUAGAUUCCAAUCACCCGAAGACAACUAACUGCUCAAGGAGAACACGCACCGAUUCAAAGUUCGCCACUGGGUUUUUGACAUCUUCCGUCUUCGGGGGUGGUGCCGGUUGCUUUGGCUGAGUAGGGCCCUCUUCCUGCUUCCUCUUGAUGUUUCGGAUUUGGGCCAAGAAAUCGUCACCGUCGUUGGACUUGUCGUCGUCAGAAAAGUGGCCGCGGUCAUCGUCGCUGCCGUCGUCUGACAUGGCCAGUGUGGGUAGUUUAUUGUGUUGCUGUCCGUCGGAUGGAGGAGGGGGCGGCGGAGGUUGCACUGGAGCGGUCACUUCCUUCGCAGUCAGCACUGUCACAGGCUUCGCAGCAGCCUUUUCUCGCUCGCGCCUUUGCUCCAUCUGGUCCUGCUUGCCGCUGAUAGCAGCCUGCCGCCGCAGCAUUCUCUGCUGCAUUUCUUCAGCGAUCGUCAGCGGUUUAUUAGCGGUCUCUCCUGUCUUCGCGAUAGGGUCUGCCUUCUUUUCAUCCGGGUCCACCUGUCAUGGUGUUUCAGAAGAAGAAGAAGUUAGUAAACUGAGUGGCACAGCGGGGUACUAACUAUGUAAGCACUUGCCUUUCGGAGCUUAAUGUUGGGGUUUCGAAUCUGGUCCAGCAAGCUGACGACCGGUGGCUGAUUGUCUUCCUCCGGGGCUGAUGGUGUUGGGGGUCCGUCCUAUACAGGAAGAGGUAGUUGUCAGCUUUUGUAAAUUGUAUCAUUACCAGCAACUCAUUCAAAAGCC